ACUGUGGGUCCAUCUUCUGAUAUGGGUCAGGGGUUGGUUAGCAUGACAAUAACCACCAAGGCAACAGUGAUUUAAGAAGGAUAUUAUAGUGAUGAAGUGUGCUAUAGCUAGUCUGCAGAUAGCCUGUUGGAAAAUUUACCAAGAAACCUCAGAAUUACAGAGUUUCUGCCAUGAGGGGUGGGACAAAAUCCUUCCUGAGAUGUUUGCAAAUCUGGGGACCAACAACAAAAAACAUCUUAAUGCUGUGCUUGCCGAUUUAAGUUUCUUCCACCAAGAACCAGAUCAUGUUCCUUUUCACUUAAUGACAUGCAAAUAAAUUAUUAUUAUUAUUAUUUUUUUUUUUACAACUUUAAUGUUUCCUGUUAACAAUUUAGCUACAACUCCCAGACUUCUGUGCGGCUGUUUGGUGUUACAUUAAAAUAGGUACUUCCUGUGUUUGCAGACUGAACUGAAAGGUUUCCAUGUUAUAUCAGCUGGUUCUGGUUAUACAUGUUAUCUAACAAAGCUACAAACACUUUACUGUAGAUUAGUUAGAUUGUUUUACUCAUUCAUAAGAUGCGGCUGCCGCUGCGCCUCUUCCCUCCUCUCCCCGCUCCUGUCCGGACAGCCUCCUCUGUCCCUGCGGGGAAGCUCGACUUCGUCCCCGCUUGCAGCACGACGGAUGCCCGCUCUCUGGAGCUGCUACAGGACUUCGUCUCCCGAUUCAGACGGUUAUUAGUCGUCACCGGAGCGGGUCUAUCUACGGAGUCGGGCAUCCCGGAUUACCGCUCGGAGGGUGUCGGGUUGUACGCCCGCACCGACAGAAGACCCAUGCAGCACCUAGAGUUCACCGGCAGCGCCGGGUCCCGCCAGAGAUACUGGGCCAGAAACUUCGUGGGGUGGCCGCAGUUCUCCUCCCAUCAGCCCAACUGUGCCCACCGGGCUCUGCGGAGCUGGGAGGACAGCGGGAAGCUGCACUGGUUGGUCACCCAGAAUGUGGACGCUCUCCACUCCAAGGCAGGACAGAGACGGCUCACAGAGCUCCACGGCUGCGCCCACAGGGUAACAUGUCUGGGCUGUGGUACCAUCACCCCAAGGGAGGACCUACAGAGGCGGUUUUUGUCAUUAAACCCAGAUUGGAGCGCUCAGGCAGGAGCUGUGGCUCCAGACGGUGACGUCUUCUUAGAAGAUGAGCAGGUCCUGAACUUCAGGGUCCCCUCCUGUGAGCAGUGUGGGGGGGUAUUGAAGCCAGAGGUUACAUUUUUUGGAGACACAGUGAACAAAGCAACUGUCCAAUUUGUGCACAAAAGACUAGCAGAGGCGGACGCGGUGCUGGUUGUAGGGUCAUCGCUGCAGGUGUUUUCAGGAUACAGGUUUUUAUUGGCAGCAGGCGACAGGAAGAUGCCGAUCGCUAUCCUGAACAUCGGGCCCACCAGAGCGGAUCACCUGGCGGAGCUGAAAGUGAAGGGCCGUUGUGGCGAAGUUCUGUCAGCCAUCCAGCCCCUCUGAUGCUAUGUCAUCUGUUGGAGUCAUCUGUGCUCUGCUGACUAAAGCUACCUCAGAUGUUAUUAAAUGAUUAUCAGGAUGAGGUGAUGUGAAGGCAUCGGCUCCAGGGCUAAAACUACUAUACUGUCAGCACUUCACACACUGCCGCAGAAAAACAGUUUCAGGAGUCCAACUUCUGUGUAACAGGAAGGCUCAAACUGUACUGUUUGGUUUGUUUCUGCUUGACUUCGUGCUGAAGGCAACGAUGAUUUAUAUGUUGCAUCAUCCCAGAGUCUGUUAUUUAUAGGUGCUGCUUUGAAAUGAAACUAAAUCAUGUUUUUUAACGAUGUAAAGGGUCUCACACUGCAAGAUAUUUGUAGAAGAGCAAGCUGUUGCAGAAAUAAGAAUAGUUUAUUUGCAAAAUGCAGUAAAUAUUAAAACAUUACAGCUGUUAAAGAUGGUUUAUUUUAGCUGUUUGGUAAGUUAUUUAAAACAUUAAAUAUACUGUAGACUGGUG